UACACUAGGGCGCUAUUGUACAUUUGUGUAUAUAUUUACGGUUACGCUGAGACCGCUGAGAGCUCAAAACUUUACGAGUGUAUUACUUCGUGUGUAGUACUCAUAAAAUAUCCGUUGCUCAUUUUAUAUAUAUAUAUACUUUUUUGUAACAAAACGUUUUAACAAUAACGACGAUUGUCUUUACGAGCUAUAUUCGUGAAGUUCCCAACGAAGUACCAGUGUUUUUUGUUGUGUAUGAAAUAGUGAAUGAAGGAACCAAAUUAUCAGUUUUAACGAAACGAAUAAGAGGAAUUACAGUGGUCUAUGGGUGGUGACGAAAAAUCGCGUCAGAUCUAACUCGAUAUAUUCGUUGUGAAUACAUAGUAGAUACAAUACAUAUAUAUAUAUAUAUAUUUAUGUGAUAAAUAUAUAAUUUUAUUACACAAUCAUGGAUCUCGCUGGACUCUAUGAAUCUCGCUGGAUUCUAUAAAUGUAGAAUAUUUUACACAUGAGACACGAGGGAUACAGAGUCAGGAUACUCUGACAAAACGAGCUUGUAAUAUGGUGAUGGCCGGUACAGCACCAAGUCCAGCAACGGAUGUAUCCUUAUCAGCAAGGUUACAAUGGCUACAACAGCGAAGAGAGCAGCUCCAAGAAAAGCUUGCUUUAAAGAACAGCGAGCUCAAAAACUUAUGCCUCAGUGAGGCUGAACUGACAGGUGUAUUGCCACCUGAAAUACCAUUAGAACCAGGAGAGAGUCCGCCAGCUUUCCGCAAAAGAGUUGGCACAUGCUUAACUUAUCCCCAGAAUCUUAUCAACAGGCUCAAGACUAAUGAGGCGGAGGAGUCAGCGCUGGAAUUGGAGCGUCAGGUCCAGGUUGACAUUGCUGAAACAUCACUCAGGAAAUUGAAUGAUCUUUCGGAGAGUAAAACGGUGCGUCGUAAACAUCGCUCCAUAUAUCAACAAAGCCAGAGAAGACUGAGAGAGCUUGAUGCUCGUUUGAGCUUCAUACGUCAAGCUUACGGUCGUAUCCAAAGACAAUCGAGUACGACUCCACUCGAAUCCUCCUCUUAUUCCUGUGUCGACGGUGCUCAAUUGAAUGCUAAACACCGGACAAAAAAGCCCCGGCCACCGCUAGAUAGUCCAGGAUACGACCCAAAUGGUGCAAAAACGUUAUCUCCUCGAAAUAUUCUUCAAGAGAGUGGCGUAAGUUUAAGUCCAUUAGGAAUAGAGACUCAGUUACAAAAUCAGACAUAUCGACAGAAUGCUUGGAGCCCGCGUAGUUACCGCACAGGAUUGGUCGAUGACGAUUCCCCGACAUUAAAUUUGGCGUCAGACAUUAGAAAUUUCAAUCACACACUGGUGGGGUCAAAUUUAGAUCCUCUCAUCGAUCGCACUCGUCGUAGAAACGUCAAAUAUCCAGAAAACGAUUUAAACGAUAAUCACGAUGUUUACAUAUUGCCAGAGCGUUAUCGGCAACGGACGUAUUCGCAGGGUAAUAACGGGCCAAUUAAUCCGGUCGGCCCGAAAUAUUGUCAAGACACGGAGAGAACAUAUCGUACGAUACCAAACACUUAUACCGAGGAGGAACGACAAAUGCGUUAUCGUCAAAUGCAACAAAAAAGGCAUCUUGAUGCACAAAAUUCACGACAAAAUAUACCGGAACAGCAACACACAGUGCUGCUACACCAAAAGCCGCCGUUGCACCAAAGUUAUUCGUCGAAUUAUCAACACCAACCGUAUCUUGAUAAUCAACCUGCUUAUUAUCAAUCGGACGAAUAUGUAAAUCGUUUACAAAAUCGUUACGCGACAAUGCCGGACGAACAGAGAGCAUCGCAACGUAAAAAUUCGUCGCAGAGUCAAACACGUGCUAGAGACAGGAGGGAAACAGCUGCGACGCCUUUGAACAGACUGUCAAAGACAAGUUUGCAAGAAUCAACAAGAUCGGAGGGUCAACUCGCAGCUGGUUAUUGGAUACGUGAGAAUGAUGAGAUAGUUUGGUGUCCGGAGGAACCUCGCAGCACUUCUAACGAUAGAUUCGGCAGUCUUGAUCGUCGGAAGUACAGCGCUCAAUGCAGUGCUCCUUACAAUCUAUUGUUACAAACAAAGGAUCGUGGUGGGAGCCAAGAGGAUAGAGAGAAUUACGGGAGUCAGCACAAUCAUAAUAUUACAGGCACGAGAGAUUAUGUUUUAGGUUUGGCUGGUCCAUCGAAAUUUUCAUCAGCAUCAGCGGUAACGUCGCGUCAUCCAAAUUACAAUUCACAGGUACAUCAACAACAAAUCGGUCCAAGCACGACGUCUUGCUACGAAACUAUUUCACCGUCGCCACCACCACCACCAAGGGCCCUUCUAAGAACUCAAUCUCUGGGAAGCGUCGAGACUUGGCAGCAACAACAGCAGAGCAUCAUGGGCAGCAACCCGGAUGGUCUUCACCCUCGAGACAUUUUACAAACGAGCAGCAGAGACGAUACGAUGACGCGUUCUCGUGUAAAAGAGAAAGAAUGGUACGAGACCUCGAUGGACUCGAGCUAUUCGGCAAGUGGAACGAUUCCAGCGGCUUACGAAUACGUGACCGAUCCGUCUCAUCGAGAAAUCGGACAAUCACGAAAAAUUAUUCAACCUCCCUCCCCGCAUCAUGUCAAACCAAUUAUCGGUUCAACUCCUCCUCCAAUUCCACCUCCGCUUCCUUCACCUCCAUUACCAUUGUCGAAUUCCAGAGACAUGGUCAUUGGUCCGUUGGAACCUCGACCACAAAGACUUUAUCCCCAACAACCACAACAACAACAGCAACCCCAGCGUCAUCCUGUCUCUCCCAAAAGUCUGGAAAUCCCCGCAGAGUCCAAACGACGAAACGUUCACGCUGUCGUAGACGAACAAAUGAUAAACACGAGCAACACGAGUGAUCGCUCUCCUGACAUUUGUACUAUUGUACAAGCGGGUAAAUAUCAACCUUAUCGCGAAGUUACUAAACCUUUUGAAAUGUCAGAUUUUUAUAAAUACUCAACAAAAUAUCGAAAAAGAAAUGAAACCGCUACAACAAACAAUCAAACCAGUGUUCCACCAUCGAAUGUCGAACCUGACGACGACGAUGAUGUUGCUUCGAGACGUCGUAACGAAACCGUUAUCAGGGACGAAGAUACUACUAAUUUACUUCUUAAUCCGGUACAACGUAGAAUUUAUGAACCUGUACAGAGAAUGACUUGUCAACCUUACGGUAAUUUAACGAGAAGACAGCCUAUGGAAAAUAAUGAAGAUAAUGAGUGGCGAGGAACUACCAUUAAUCGUUCUUCUGCUGAAGAUUCCACAGUUGUAUAAAUUAACAACAAAAUCAAAAAUCUUUUUUUUUUCAGUAUGGGAGAGACAAAUUUUGAAUUUGAAUGAAUAGGAUAUGUUUUGAUGAUGCAUCUUUAAAUGCUUUGACGAGUUUUUUUUUAAGAUCAUACAUUUCUUGCAAAAUUACUAUCAAUAAUUAGAUUCCAAUAUAGGCGGUUCAUUAUUGCCGUGAUAACACUGAUAAUCACGUUUAUUAAUACCAAAUAUGAAAUUUCUUUUGAUUUCAAGGUUGACAAAUCUGACUUUUUUCCUCUCUCUAAUUCACCACAGGAUGACAUCUAUCUUUCUGCCUUAUAAAUAUGUAUUAAUUAAUUUCAACCGAGGUAUCUAUUAACGUGUACAAUACUUACCGCUUUCUUUUGAGCCGAUUUUUUCGACUCUAACAUUUUUAUUCAAAACGUGAAUGGAAAAGAAAAGACACGUUGCCACGAAAAAGAGGCUAUUUCGCGCGAUUAAUAUAUGAAAAUACGUGAUGACAAAAGAUAGAAAUUUUGGGAAAAAUCAUUUUCAUUACGGCAACAUUUUAUUAAAUUAAAAAAAAAAACCUUAUGAACAGCCAAUUCGGUGCCUUUUGAUAUUUUGUAGAACAGAAAAGCGUUACAAAAAAAUUAUUUACGUUUAUGGCUAAUCCCGCGUUAUCAUCCAUAAUGGAUGAAUAAACAAUGAAUUUUAGCGACUAUAAAUAAAUAUCGGACUAUACAUUUAAGUAUAUAAAAAUAACAUAUAAUUCAUUCGCGAAUCGAAGUGCCUUCGUUCUAUGAUAGACUCGUUAGAAGUGCUAUGUCGUCGAAGACUGAAUAUUAUUUCGAAUGUACAAAAACCAUUGUUAGAGAAACUUUUUGUCUAACGAAUUUCGAAGGAUAUAAAAUAAAGAAAACAAAUGAAAAAUUGUA